GCCCAAGAAAGCGCUUCGUCUGCUCACCCCUCCCGAUUUCCCUCGCUCGUCCACGGCGGCGGCGGCGGCGCGAGGGGCGGGGACGCGGCUCGCCCCGUGGCGGCGGGUAACGUGACUUCGGGGCUCGCGGCUUUAUAAGCCGUUUCCGUGGGCGCCGUGGCGCGCGUGAGAGAGGAGGACGGAGACGAGGAGGACUUGCCGUAGGAGCUACGUGGGAGCGUCGUGUGGCAGAAGAGCGAGGGAGCCUGAGGAGAGACUCGAUGGAGAACUCUGUGCCCAGACUGGAUGAUCACAGCUGGAGUUGUUCCUGUACUGUCCGGGGAAGGCAUAGAAGUCCCUUAGGUGGAACUGCUACAGGGCUGGCAGCCAAGGUGGGCGAAAUGCUGAGCAGCUCCGUCUCAAGUUCUCCCCUGACGCUCGUGGGUCAUGGAGCACGGAACCCGAGCGCCUCAGCACUUGGCAGCGGUGCCAGCAGCAGCUUGAACUUGAGCAGGGAUGUGUUGCAGCGGAGCCUGGUACUCUUUGCAGUGGGCACUUUUCUCGCAUUGGUGCUGAACUUGCUGCAGAUUCAGAGGAACGUCACACUCUUUCCCGAGGAGGUCAUUUCGACCAUCUUCUCUUCUGCUUGGUGGGUGCCCCCUUGCUGUGGGACAGCAGCAGCUUUUAUUGGCCUGCUGUAUCCCUGCAUUGACAGCCAUCUUGGGGAGCCUCACAAAUUCAAGCGCGAAUGGGCCAGUGUCAUGCGAUGCAUAGCUGUCUUUGUCGGCAUUAACCAUGCAAGCGCUAAAUUGGAUUUUGCAAACAAUAUCCAACUCUCCUUGACACUGGCAGCUCUGUCACUGGGCCUCUGGUGGACCUUCGAUCGUUCAAGAAGUGGUCUUGGUCUUGGAAUUACAAUAGCUUUUGUAGCUACUCUGAUCACACAGUUUCUUGUCUAUAAUGGUGUUUAUCAGUAUACAUCGCCUGACUUCCUUUACAUCCGAUCCUGGCUACCCUGUAUAUUCUUCUCAGGAGGAGUGACGGUUGGAAACAUAGGACGGCAAUUGGCUAUGGGUGUUCCUGAUAAGCCUCACAGCGACUAAACAUUCGGAUCUGCAGUCCCAGUGUGAAGUCGGGGAAAUACCAGCCCUUGAAUCCAAGCUAGGAAAUUUCUUCUUGAACAACCUGUGUGAGCUCCCCGUGCACCUGAGUGGUGAAGAACAUGUAACUCACCACAGACUGGCUAAGAGCUUACCUUGAUUUUUUUCCAAGAAGUCUCUGGGCUUGGCUGUUCUGCGGAGGGACCCAGAGCCAAUGGAAUGUGUAGUGAGCCUCUGCCUGGGGGCAGGUCUCCAAAGCCCUCCAAUGUUGAAACAGCUACCAUACUGCAAAGUCUUGAAGCAAAACUUAACAGCAAGCUUUGUACAAGUGCCCAAAGAAAGCUGAGUGGUGCUGAAAUGUGGAAUGGGGUUAACGGGAGUAGUGUUUUUCCCAGCAUUCUUUAAGAUAGGGUUUAAUAUGAACGCAGUCGAUGCAGUCCUUCAACUCGUGUUGGAUGAAGGCAUAAUUGGCCAUGGGCAUCACCCACUGGGAAGACGCUGUUUGGAGGAACGACUGAAAUCCAGGGGAGAGGUGCAAGCACCCAGCCCGGUUCAGAGGGGCUUGCAUGGGAGUGCUGUUUUGAAGUGUUCCUUUGACUUGUGUUAUUUUUUUAACUUGAUCUUGUGAAGAUCCCCCUAACUUGUAGACAGAGAAGCAAUAAGUCUGUCAGCCUCUCACCUAACCAAUCUAUGCCCCCCUAUGUCUAUUUAGCAAUUGGAGGCAGCACAGCCAAAAUCAAUUUUUGUUCCGUAAUCCUCGACCCAGCACCUCUGCUCUGUGGGUCCUUAAGUAUUUUACUGAGAAGCUUGUACCCAGGGAGGUACAUCAGCAGAAGAGGAGCACGUCCCUGCAUGGCUCCUGUUGAGCUUUCUGAGGAUCUGGCUGGGUUCAGAGCCCAAAUGAAAGCUGCCACGAGAGAGGCAGGACAUCUAACAGUGUUACUUCUGGAUGCAUCUUGUAAAUGAACCCUUGUUCUACAUUGCAUUUCUGAAGCAAUCACUUUGUGGGAUUUUGGUUUGGAGGUUUUUCCUGGGGUGUUUUUUUGUUUUUUGGCAGCCCUAUAAAACUUGCAAUCUGUGAUUGCAUGAGAAGGAAGAGUGCUUAUGUCACUACAUUAAACCAUCUGGUGUUCUAAAUAACUUCAUGGCGAGCACAGUAGUAAUUUUGAUAGCAUCAACCACAGUUGAGCUAAUCCAUGGAUACUGGGUCUCAAAAUCUAAAGUGCAAUGUACAGCUGAACGAAAUCUGAGCCUUGUGGUCUCCUCUUUAGUAUGUCUAGUGAACAGUGACUAUUAAAGAGAAGGGGUCUGAACUCAUUUCAGUGCUGCAUGGAGCAAAAAUCAGCAAUAGUUUCACUGGUCAUGCGCAUUUGUACCUUCCACCGGGCCUGUUAAACGGAAGGCUCCAGUCUCGUAGUUCUGCUGCACAAGCGAACUCCUACUGGGCUACCUUUGUAUCAGACGCAAAGAUCUUCCAUUUCCAGCCUCAUAUGGUGCCUAGCCUAGCCUAGCCAGUGGCUUAUGCUUCAGACCCUACGCUGAAGCCGGGGUUUUACAGAAGAAAACAGCCCAGAACAGUAUUUCUCAAACUGCUUAAGCUUUGGUGCCCUUAACUUUUUGUGUCUUCUGAGCAGCCCCUGCCCAAACCUACUGGCAACUCUUUGGCAUAUUGUGGGUGCACAGAAUCUGUGCACUGUCAUAUGGAAACGGCCUGCUGCCGCCAAGAAAAGGUACUGUGAACUGGGGCACGAGUCCCAUGCGGGCAUUGGAAGAAGGCAAAGGCAUCGUGGGACCCGCUCCAAAAGCCCACCAAAGGCAGGGCGCUGCCUCUGUUCAGAAGCCUCCAUAUACCAGCACUCGUGGCCACCACAGCAGUUGCUGCUGUUGCUGCUCUGGAGGAGGAGCUGACUUUGCCCGCCACAGACCACCUUUCCUGCUCAGGAGCCCUCCACUCCCUGCUUGCUACAUGCCUUCCCGGGAACAUAGUUUGGGAGCCACUGUCCUAAAACUAGGAAUGCCAGCGAAGUUCUUCAGGCUUGGAGCUGGAAAGUCUCUCCAAGGGCUAUUAGAAGAAGCAGGCUUUGCAAGCCCUGAAAUGCUUCUCUGUCUUGGCUUAAAAUCUGAGCUGGAAAAUAAUUCCUGGUUGAUACCUACCAGCUGUCUUGGUGCAGCAGCUCCUGGGAGAAAGGCCACCUUCCCUUGUCCCUUCUGGGCAUUCCUCUCCACUGGAUAGGGAAAUGGAGAAAGGGACAGAAGAGAAUGCAGCCCUCUCCCACUGUAGCUUGCCAUCAUUUGAAAACUGUGAAGGCUGCUGAGGAGGGAAGGCAUUUUUCUAAAUCUUUGGAUUGGCUGGGAAAAAUGAUCUGAGAUUGGCCGAAUGCUUGGAAGAUUUUAGAAAAAUUUCCCACCUAAGCAUACAAAUGUUCACCCAUCUCUUAGCACAUUUUUUUUUGUGGGGGGGGGGUGGAACCUAAAAAGCUGUUUCAGUUUAAAUGCUCUUAAUUCAGGUGGUUGGAAAAUCUCAAAUAGUAAGGUACAAGUUAUUUACUUUGAAGGAGUUCCAUUGUUGACUGUUUUAAAACUGAAAAAACAAACUGGUUGCAACCUUAAAUCCUGGCUUGUCAAAUUUCAUUGGGUUGUAAAAGGUUCUUAAUACCCUUUCUCUGCUAAUGUAAAUAGUCCAAUUUCAACUGUGUUUCUCAAGUGCAUAUGCCCAAGCGCUGUAUCCUCUAGAUUUAGUUUGCGAUACCGUCACGCAGGACAGUGAAGAAUUACUUUCCUGUGUUAAUACCUUAAUGCGAGAUAUGAUGAAAAAGGACAAUAGUAACUGUAAAUAAUGUAGUCAUAAAAUCAGUAAGUAUUUUAUUUGUAAAGGUUUAUUUGUAAAUCUGUGUUUUGACAAGACAGCCAAAAUACACGUUAGAAGUUCAAUCUUGCCAAUACUUGUUAAGUAUCUGAACCAAAGUGAUCAGAGCUGUGUCACAGAAGAGUGUGGGGUGGGUGGGGACUUGCACUAUUCUGGAUUUGAAUCCUUUGAUUCUCAGACUCAGUAGGUUUUUCAACUGUGUGUUUUUUUAAAAAAAUAAAAAGCUAUUAAAGGUUUCAAACAA